AUGAAGCAGCUGCCAGUCUUGGAACCUGGAGACAAGCCCAAGAAAGCAACAUGGUACACCUUGCUUCCCUCUGGAGACAGCCCCUCUGCUCGGGUGGGCCACAGCUGCUCAUACUUACCCCCAGUUGGGGAUGCCAAGAGAGGGACCGUCUUCAUUGUUGGGGGAGCAGACCCACUCAGGAGCUUCUCAGAGGUGCACAGCCUGGAUUUGGGCGCGCACCAGUGGACUCUGGCCUCUGUGGAGGGCCUUCUACCCCGCUACGAACACGCCAGCUUCAUUCCCUCCUGCACACCAGGUCACAUCUGGGUGUUUGGAGGUGCCAACCAGUCAGGAAAUAGAAACUGCCUGCAAGUUCUGAAUCCUGAAACCAGGACUUGGACCAGGCCAGAGGUGACCAGCACACCACCAUCCCCGAGAACGUUCCACACAUCUUCAGCAGCCAUUGGAGACCAGCUCUAUGUCUUUGGGGGCGGAGAGAGAGGCGCACAGCCUGUGGAGGAUGGGAAGCUUCACAUGUUUGACGCAAGUACUCUGACCUGGUCACAGCCAGAGACACUUGGAAAACCUCCAGCAACCGGCAUGGCCAUGUUUAUGGUGGCAGCUGGCAAAGCUCUUUAUCAUGGUGGCUUGUCAGGGGACAAAUUCUAUGAUGAUCUCCACUGCAUUGAUAUAAGGGACAUGAAGUGGCAGAAGCUAAGUCCCACUGGGGAAGUGCCCACAGGCUGCGCUGCCCACUCGGCAGUGACCGUGGGGACUCACAUCUACAUCUUUGGAGGGAUGACACCCCACAGGGCACUGGACACGAUGUACCAAUAUCACAUAGAAAAACAACACUGGACCUUACUUAGAUUUGAUACUUCUCUACCUGUUGGACGCCUGGACCAUUCUAUGUGUAUCAUUCCCUGGCCAGUGACACCUGCUGCUGAGGAAAAAGACACACAUUCUGUCUCUCUGAACGGGGGUGCUGCGAAUUCCACACAUCAAGGAGUAGGCCAACUUGGUGACUCGCAGGAGAGCCAGACUGACACACUGCUGUGUUUUGUAUUUGGUGGGAUGAAUACAGAAGGAGAACUCUAUGACGACUGCAUUGUCACUCUAGUGGACUAAUAAAACUUUUU